CUCUCAGGGAAGCACUGGAGCCCUGAAUUUUCAGUCUGGCUUGCACAUUCUGUCAGAAGCUAGUGGGAGACGGUUUUGGUUUUAAUGCAGAAAAAAGGACAAUCUUUUCCUGGUCUGUAGACUGAGUUAUUUGGGAAGAAAAUGAAGAGUACUGCCAGGCCUUGGAGUGCAAUGGCAAAGCAAGGGAGUCAUGGGGUUGACAGAGGAAAACAGCUUUCCACCACCUCAACAGGAAUGAAGACAUCAAAGUCCUCGACUUCACUUGCUUUUGAAUCUCGGCUCAGCAAGCUGAAGAGGGCAAGCAGUGAUGACAUGCUGACAAAACCAGGGGUGGCAGCAGCUUCUGGAGUCUCUAGACUGAAGAAGACCAUUACAACAGGAGCGAUUUCUGAGCUUGCUGAGAGUCGCCUGAAGCCCACCACAGGAACAGUUUCAGCUGCAAAGCGCACAGGGAUUCCAGCCCCCCGGGAAAUAUCGUCAUCUGUAUCCAGAGAGCGAGCCGUAUUGCGUGGUCAAGCCAAUGCUAGGAAAACACAACCCAGCCCCACCUCUUCUGGUACACCAACUCCUACCAAACACGUGCGCCCCACUAGCAAGUCCAAGCAAGAGAAUGAAACUGGUGACAAGGCUCUUCUGGAAUCUCAGGUUAAAGAACUCCUGGCAGAAGCAAAGACGAAAGAUUCUGAAAUUACCAAACUCCGUUGUGAGUUGAAGAAAUGCAAAGAGAAAGGAUCACUUAACGCUGAAGGAAUGGGUGCUUCCAACCAAAAUGUAGAAACAGUAUCACCUGUUGACAUAGAUCCAUUAAUACGGACCCUUCAGGAAAAAAACAGGACUUUUCAAAAAGAGCUUGCUAGCCUGGGAGAAGAAAAUCGUGUUUUGAAAGAGAAAUUGCUUUAUCUAGAGAACUCUCCCCUCUCAGACACAACAACAAGCAGUGGGGGUGACAGCAGCCUCCCAACCCCAACUACCCAAGAAUCCAGUUUUGGAAGCCCAUCACAAAAUGUGUCGAGAGGAGAAAUGGAUGAGCACAGGCAGCGUGUGAACGGGGGUGCGCUGCGCAAUUCAGGUUCUUCCAGCAGUGAUGUAACUAAAGCUUCUUUGUCACCCGAUGCAUCUGAUUUUGAACAUAUAGCAGAUGUACCUUCCAGGCCGACAUCCUCCAACAGCAACCAAUUCAAAGGUUCCAAAUGCUCCACUACAGGAAGUUCUCCAAACAAUAUUAGUGACCUUUCGGUUGCAUCUCUGACAGAGAAAAUACAAAAAAUGGAGGAGAAUCACCACAGCACAGCAGAAGAAUUACAAGCCACUUUGCAGGAGCUGUCGGAUCAACAGCAAAUGGUGCAGGAACUGACAGCAGAAAAUGAGAAGCUGGUGGAAGAGAAAGCUCUACUGGAGAAUUCCUUUCAUCAACACAGAGAUAGAGCAGAACAGCUGAGCCAAGAAAACGAAAAGUUAAUGACUCUCCUCCAGGAGCGAUCCAAAAAUGAAGAGAGCAGAGCUCAGGAGGGGAAGGUCCUUGAACUGGAACAGAAAUGCGCAGAAGUUCUUGAAAAAGCACAAUUUGAAAGAGAGAAAUUGCUCAACAUUCAGCAACAGUUAACCAGCAGCCUACGAAGCUUAGAAAGGGAGCACCAAGAUGCCCAGCAGGUGAUUAAAAGCCUGAGAGAAGAAAAUGAGAAGCUGCUUAAACUUCUAGAAGUGGAACAGCAGAGCAACAGCACGGUGACAAAAACUCUGGAGGACUGUAAAAUUGCCUUAGAGGGUCUAAAAAUUGAGAAUGGCUCUCUCAAAACUCAGCUAGAGAGUGAGAAACAAAAGGCCGCAGAAAUCAAUGCGAUGGGAUGUACUACCGACAACUCGGAGGUGCAAGAGAUGCUGAAAGUAGCCCAUGCAGAAAAGGAUCAGUUAGAAGCGUCUUGCACUGAGCUUAAACAAGAGCUGCUGAAGGCGAACAGUGAGCUGAAGCACAUUCAGGGUCUGCUCUCUAAGGCUGAGAAUGAAUGUGGUCAGCUGAAGGAGGUGUGUGACCGGCAGGCUGAGCAGCUGAGCAGAACCAGCCAGAAGCUGCAGGAAAAAACAUCAGAGAAUGAAACAGAUAUAAAAAACCUGAAAGAGACAAUUUUCGAGUUGGAGGACCAGGUGGAACAACAUCGUGCUAUAAAACUGCACAAUAACCAGCUCAUCAGCGACCUGGAAAGUAAAGCAAUGAAGCUGGAAGAACAAAAACAAGAGACAGAGAGGCAGCUGAAGGCUCUGACCAAGCAAAUGAAGGAAGAUACAGAAGAGUGGAGGCGUUUUCAAGCUGAUCUGCAGACUGCGGUGGUUGUAGCCAAUGACAUUAAGUGCGAAGCCCAGCAGGAGCUCCGUGUGGUAAAGAGGAAGCUUCAGGAGGAAGAGGAGAAGAGUUCCAGACUGCAGAAAGAGCUGGAUGAAAUGAAGGGCAGCAACAGGCUGACAGCUGAAGAGGUAGAAUCUCUAGAGGCAGAUACAACCAACCGCUGGCAAGGAGUCUGCCUUAGCAGAGCAUCACCCACACCGUCAGAAUCUGCAGCCACUGUGAAGUCACUGAUAAAAUCGUUUGACUUAGGAUGCUCAGGUAGCACUGGACAAAAUAUCACAGUUCACAAGGUCCCCAGGAGCCCUCUAAGUGGGAUUCCGGUGAGGACAGCCCCAGCAGCUGCUGUUUCCCCCAUGCAGAGACAUUCUGUUUAUAAUAAUGCCAAGCCAGCCAGCAAGAGUGUUGCCAGACACACAGAUCUUUCAGACCUUCCUCUGGCAGACCUUCUGAAGGGAAGAAAUGAAGAGCUGAAACCAGACCAUUACCUCCGCAAAAGCCCCUCCCUGGAGUCCCUGAGCAAACCCCCUGUGGCCUUCAGCAGCAGAAUGCUUACCUCUACCCCCAGCAGCUUGAAACCCCAAAGCAAACUCAGUGUGGAGAGAAAGGACCCGCUAGCAGCGUUGGCUCGGGAGUAUGGUGGUUCGAAGAGGAAUGCUCUGUUGAAAUGGUGCCAGAAGAAGACUGAAGGUUACCAGAACAUUGAUAUUACCAACUUCAGCAGCAGCUGGAGCGAUGGGCUGGCCUUCUGCGCUCUCCUGCACACGUAUUUGCCUGCACAUAUUCCGUACCAGGAGCUCAACAGCCAGGAUAAAAAGAGAAAUCUGCUGUUAGCAUUUCAAGCUGCUGAAAGUGUAGGCAUCAAACCCAGCCUGGAACUCAGUGAGAUGAUGUACACAGACCGGCCAGACUGGCAGAGUGUGAUGCAGUACGUCGCCCAGAUUUACAAGUACUUUGAGACCUGAGAUGCGGAGCAAGAGGUGGGCAGAAGUGGGGAAGAGAACAAAGAAUGCUACAGAUGCACUCGAUCACUUUAAAAAUCCGCUUGCUCCUCUUCCACAACCAACCUAAGCUUUUAGUUUGAAAGCAAGCUCUUCCAUUAUUUUGAUUACAUCUGGGACUGCAACCAAAUAAAUACCUAUCGUCCAUCUAUACAAACUGAACUCACCUGUAGUUUAUUCCCACGUGGAAAUUGCAAAGCAUUUUCAAACACGUGUGGGAUAUUUCUGAAGAGGAUCCCUUGUGCUAAACAAUGUUUGCCUCAAACCAGAUUCCAGCAACAGGAGACCUGCUACAAAAUGAAGUUCUAAAUGCGGACUAUGCUGGCACUUAAGGGAGGCUGGGAGAUUAAUAGUAAUACAAAAGCUCACAAAAAAUGCUCUUCUUGCCAAAACGUGCUUAACUCAGCCCAAAUACAUGUUAUUUUCUUGCCUCCAUAUACUUUAUAAAACAUCAUGACAGAUGCACGUAAGUGUGUAGAACCUUAGCCCGAGUUAUCCUCACUCGUCUGACUAGUUUGCUUGCCACAGCUUAACCAGCAGGAUAAUAACAGGAUCAUUUGUAAGUCAGAAACCACGCUCUGUGCCAUCACCAGUUAGUGAAAGAACUCUAAAAGAUCCUGUUGGGUGCUGGGACUUCAUUUCAGAUCAAACAGGAGUAAUCUCUUUGAGGAAAAAUAGCUUUAUUACUACAACUUUGUUACUUGAUUACUGCGGGAAGCUGGAGCCUGGUUUCCCAGCUGACUGUGCAGGCACAGUUAUCAUAGGAAUAUUGCAAAUACAAGUUCCUAGCUUUAGUUUGCAAGGUGCAAGUAAUCAGGUGGUGACUCUAAGCAAUACAGCGGCAUCUCAGUAGGUCAUGUUUUUGUGGAUUCAGUAACUUUUCUUCUGUGUUGAUCCCGUAUAACCAGCACAGAUAUAGAAUUGCCAUGUAGGGGCACGAAUCUUGAGACAGCCUGUGCCCUGUCCAGUAAAUGUGGUCCACAGGGCACUGUUACGUGCUUGGAAAUGAUGUUACCAUGUAAAAGAACACAGGAAUAUGUUAGUACUGGUGGAAGUUGCAACUUCACAAGUUACAAAGAAUGUAACUGGAACCCCUCCCUGUGUCACGGAAAUCUCUAAGGCGCCAGAGAAUAGCUUUCCAGCUCAGUAACACUGUUAGUAAAAUGUCUGAAAGAUACUGUUUAAUUUCCAUUAUACGGUUUCUCUUACUUCACCUCUUGAAGUUAAAUUUUCUGUUCGUCUCCAGAGACAGCAGGAUCGAACAGGCUGCUCGGUUUGUUCCAGGAGCAGGUCUCGGAGAGCAUGCUUUGUACAGGACCCCGCAGAAGGCUGCCUAGCUGCUCUAGGUUAUAGAGGAAAGUUGGCGUUUAGUUAGCAUGUUGAACCCCGUGACUAGACUCGAUGCUUUGUGAAUGUUAAUCAUAGGGAGGUAGGGAUCAUUUCUCUCUUACAAAAAAUAAUAGUGCGUGCUCACUGCUCUUAACUCCUGAAAAAAGGCUCACGAAAUAGAAACAAGCGGUUUCACAGAAGAAACUUGGUUUCAGGUUUUCUGAGGCUUUGCAGGUGUCUGAUCUCAGCCUCUGGCUUCCCCGCAGUGCUUUGUUGUUUGGGGUUUUUAAUACUGUUUAAUUAGUAAGCAACCUAUUUCCGACUUUGGUUUUCUCGCAGCAAAAUACAGGAUUAAGGGAUAGAUGAUGGUGACCGUGGUCAGUGAGUGGACCGAACAGAAAGGAAGUUGGAGGAACGCAAUGUGUGCCUGUUUUUGCAGGAGAAAAGCAUCACUUGCUCUUAGUUUUAGCCUGACAUUUAUUCUAAUCCAUUGCCCCCAGGAAAGCCUGAAUCCAAUCUUUUUAGAGUCUGUGUGAUAAAAAGGACAGUGGCACGCACUUACAGUGCCCUUGCUCUCUUCGUGCCAUCCUAUACUGUGAGAAAGCUGACCAGAGUUAAUUCUUUGCAGGAGAGUGCUUUCUAGACCGAAUUAACUCUCCAGUAUUUUUCAGCAUACACUCUGCCAUCCCUAGAGAGCAUAGGAUGAGUUGCUCUAAGCGUUCUUAGAUAUGAGUCUCCCGUUAUGUGAUAAGAUGGGAGAGGAAAAUAGCUGCGAAGCCAAGUUCAUCUAGGAAGGCAGGCACACUGCAGAGCUCCGUUGCCUUGUGGAUGCAGCAGGCUCUUUUCCCUUGAGGUACCCAUUGGCAGAGAUCCCAAUUCUCUCCAACGGGCUGUAGUUCAAAGCGUAGUGAAGUCAGCACAGAAAAUUCCAUAUUCCUCAGUGGGCUUUGGAUCGGGCACUUGCAGGGAUGAGAAAAACUGUUUUAAUUCCUAGCGUCUGGUAAACAUUUCAAAGUCAGAGGGCUCCACUUGAUUUAAAAAAAAAAAAGAGCUAAUCUUAACCCUCUGGUCACUGCAGGCGUGUGUUCCGUGUGACUGUCAGAUACACGCUCGGUACGUACAGUAUCUAAUGUGUCAGUGUCGUUUGCUUCAAGCGCUGUUCUGACGUUCAUUCUAAUUUGUUUCUCCAAGACUUAUUCUAACCUUACGAACUAUUCUGUUUGACCUAGCAGUGGGGUUUUUUCCCAAAUUAUUUUUGCAAAGCAAUGUUUGUCAUCUUUCUGCGGCUUAUUCUCCCAUCGCCUCCAGUAGCAUAGACCAAACACUAAUUCUACUCAAUUCUAAUGGUAUAUUCUUGAGAAUUUUUUACUUAUCUAGGAGUUAGAACAAGGAGCUCUCUGUCAGUAGGGAAGAAGAUACUCAGUUUCACCAUUUGCUCAAUGUUACUUUCCAGUCCUCAAACCCACAAAACAUCUCAUUUUGAAAUGCCGGUACUUUGAGAGAUGCUUUUCCAGAUUAUUUUUUGAGAUUAAGACUAUUGUUUAUCUGUUCAUUUAACUGUAUUUUUCUUUCUUUUGAACCUUGUGCAGUUACAUUUCUAGACCUGAAUUUUCAAAAAUUACCAUUGUUUUUUUCACACUGCCUUAAAAUGUGAAUAAGAAUUUAAAUUUGUCCCACAAAAGACGCUGCGGACCAGCCUGAUUUUCAGAAAAUCUACAGGCACUUUUAAGACAUCUCAAAUUUCAGCUGCAAAAUUAAAGUUCUAGCUGCCUUUAAAAUGAGAGAGUUUAAUUAAGUUAAGCUAGAGGGUAUAGGGAUAGUCUUCUAGAAGUUCUGAGAAUCCUCUGAAAAAGUCCUAGGAUGGAACAUGUGAUGGUGCGACGUGGGUGGUGUAAUGCGUUGUAUCAGUAACCGUUUGCCUGCGCUGCCUAAAUCCUUUCUGACUUUGCCUCUUAGGAGCAAGACGGAGCCUCUUCACCAUGUCACCAUAUGCUCCCUAAAUACACGGUCACUCUCAAACGUACCCGCGCAUGCUUGUGUGUGUGUUCUUGGGUAGUCUGUUGGACUACGAGACACCAGAUAGCUGAUUUUGGAUGAGCACGUGAGAAGAAUGGUUAGGAUGGGGAUUUCAGUGCAGUUCCGUGGAGGGAUGUGGCAUCGUUGAGUGUUGUGCUAUGGCUGUUAGAGAGGAAGGGAGAGUGAAGUGUGAAGAGCAUACCAUCUGACUCCCAGAAUUUCUGGUGGGUCAUAGAAGGUACAAGUUGUUUCAUGGCUUGGGAAAGUACAGAGGCGUUGAGAAGCAAGCCCAGAGUCAGCCCUCUAAGAAGGUUUUCUAGAACGGCUGAUGAGCUGUUUCUGAAAGUAGGCGAUGAAACUGGAUGGAGUGAAAGUCCAGCGUGUGGGGAGAGGGGCGCAUAUGGGACAUGCGUGCCUGCACCCUUGCGGACAGCAAAGGACGUCAGCUGGAGAGCCCUUACUGUCAUCCUGAGUGACGUUCCUCCUGAGAGUGCAGCCUGGGGUGGAUCUGAGAAGACGAGGGGGGGAGAAAGUGCAGAGCUUGCUGCCUUUGCCAGGUUCCCCUUCCUGUGCCUGAGACGGUCACGGAAAUGCAAAGGCGACAAAGAUUUCCCGGUUCUUCCUGUGCUGCAGCAAGGCAGCUGUACUCAGCAGAGCGAUUUUUGACUUAUGCACGUUGUCCAGUUUCCUCUGUGAGACACAUUCUCUUUGAGUUUUAGCAGGUUUUCUUUUUGUAAUUUGAAGUUGUUUUUUACAGGUUUUCUCUGUGAAUUUUCUUGCUUUGUACAUGCAACCAGUUAGGCGCAGGUUUUAUGUCCAAACCAGAUACGUGCACGCUGGCAGAAUGGUUGGCUCUUCCCUGUUUGAUUCCUGACCUGGCACUCUUCAAAAUCUACCUUUUUGCUUCACUGAUUUUUUCCCUUGGCAACAAAUAUAGGAGCAUUGGCUCAUCUGGUGGUGGCUUGUACCUCCCUCAUCUUUCUGUGCUUAUGGUACCGGGUCUUCCAGCGGGAAGCGUCUGACGGGCCCAGCUGCUUGCGAAGCUGUGCCUUGUGUCUGUAUGGGGUGAGGUUAUGCAUUUUCCUGUCAGAAGAGGGCUUUUGCCCAAAAAGACUCAGGGCACUGAGCAUUAAGAUGUUUUUAAACCCAGCAAUAACUUCUACUAUGCUAGACUGUAUUGGUUUUUACCAACUCCAGUGCCAUUUAGACUCACCAGUAUGGUGUAGAAUCAAGCUUCUAACUGAACUGCAGUUAACGUCCUUCUCAGCUGAUGGUCUCUACAUUUUUAACUCGCACGCGUGCCAAGUUCCACUGGGCAGUGCUGGACACAGUGUUUUUAUUGAUUGUCGGUCCAGGCUUGGGUUUGUCGUAUGAGAUAAUCACCUCUAACUCAAGUUAGUAACGUCACGUACUUCUAGUUUUCUCUAUCGGGUACAGAUGUUACAUCGUAAUCUAAUUUAUACAAAGAGCACAUUAGAAUGUAUAUACUAGGCAUUGCCAGAUUUGGACAUGCUAAUAUUUAAAGAUUAACAUUAUUAAAAUGUAUGAUGCAAAAAUCUGUGUAAUAUUUCUAAUAAAUCUUUUUCUGUUUCUGA